CCUGAUUAUCGAGUUCUGUGAGAUCUGCAAAAAAACACCAUAGCACCACCAAACCAAAGCCCCCCCUCUCUUUCUCAAGAGACAAACAAAACAAGGGAUAAAUAAACACACCCUUUUUGGAUCUAAAUAUUUCUCGUUUCUUUUCUUCGCUCUCUCACUUGGUAUUUUAUCUUUUCAGUUCCCUCCUCCAUCACCUAUAAUUUGCUCUCUCUUUUUUUUUUUAUUUCUCGUAUUUGUUCGCUUAUUUUUAAUUGAUACCCGAUACAACAACAUGAGGAUUCGGAAGAACGCGAAGCUAUCGUCGCUGAUACACUCCGAGGGUUCAAGGGCUGAGAGUGUGCACGUGUGCGAGCUGAACCAGUCGCCAUGGGAUGUGAUUUCCUUCGCUCAAGACCCAUACCCAUCGUAUCUUCAUCACCAGUUCGAAGCAGAAGAUAGUUUUAAUGGAAAUGGGAGCUUAGGCGAUUCUGUUGGUGCUGUCGAGAGCGUAGCGUCGAUGAUGGAGAGUGAAGAUAAAGCGAUAAUGAAAGUGGAAGGCAUGGUUAUCGACGAUAACGACGAGGUGAAAUUUGGGUUUCAGACCCAAUGCGAAGAGGAAGAAGAGGGAUCCAAGCAAGAGCGUGUGCUGAAAUCUUGCGGCAACGAUAGCGGAAAUAAUCCCAGCAAGAAAUCGGACAGGAAUAAUUACCAGCUAACCGGUAACCGCCGCGGACGAGCCCGAGCCGCCAAGAAAGGGUCGUCGUCAGCGUCGAACCCGUACGAAUUUUACUAUUAUUCGGGGUUCGGGCCGUCGUGGGGAAGGAGAAGAGGCGGCGAAAUGAGGAAGAAUAUUAUCGAGGGUAAAGAAGUUGAAAACAACAGCAGCGCUGUCACCGCUCAAAACAAUACGACGCCGUCGUCGUCUUCGCAAUUCGAUAAUAAUGAAGAAUUUGAUUAUGUGGAUGAUGAGGAUGAUGAAUAUGAUGAUGACGAGGAGGACGAGAACGUAGAUAGUGGCAAGAAACGGAUGAGGAAACCUAUUAAAGCAAGAUCAUUAAAGUCCUUAAUGUGAAGACCAUCACAUAAAAAAUAUAUAUAAAAAAAAGAGGGUUUCGGCCUUUUUUUGGCUUAAAUGUGUUGAAAAUUGUUGUACUUUUUUUCAUUUGCGUUUCUCUUUUUAAUGGGUAUGUUUCUUGUCUUUAUUUUUUUUGCUUCUAGGGUUUUAUUUAUUAUUAAGUAAAUUUAAAUUUUAAAGAUUUUAUUUUA